ACAGUAUCAGCGACUUUACUUUCUCUGAUAAAUGACAUGCUUUUGAAUUUUUAAAACAUCGUAUCAGCAGUUUGUAAAAAACAUCUUACCUAAGUAGUCAUGUUGAAAAUCGCUGUUGUGACAGGCUCAAACAAGGGCAUCGGUUUCGCCAUAGUCAAGGGCUUGUGUCAGAGAUUCGAUGGAGUCGUGUUUUUGACGUCACGAGAUGAAACCCGAGGGAUGGAAGCAGUCGGUAAAUUAAAAGAAAUAGGACUAAACCCUGAGUACCAUCAGCUUGAUAUAACUGACAGAAGCAGUGUAAAGAAGUUCAGAGAUCACGUUAAAGAAAAAUACGGAGGUAUUGAUAUUCUUUUUAAUAACGCUGCAGUUCUUGAUGCUGACGUCAAUUCUAGAACAUAUGAAGACGCUAAAAAAGUUAUCGACAUUAACUACAGAAGCAUUCACACUUUGAAAGAAAUAAUUUACCCAUUAAUUAGAAACAAUGGACGUAUUAUCAAUAUUUCAAGUGAUUGUGGUCACCUAUCAAACAUAAGAAAUGAAUAUUGGAUCCAAAAGUUAUCCAAAAAAGACUUGCCAGAAGUCGAUGUUAAUGAAUUCGUGGAUUGGUAUCUCGAAUCGAUAAAGAAUGGUACUUUUAGUGGUGAGGAUAUCGCUGAUGGGGCAUCCGCUGCGUCGUACAGAGUCGCAAAGGUAGCUCUUAGCGCUAUAACCACGGUCCACCAACGGGAGCUAGAGUCCAAGAACAUCUCUGUCAAUUCGAUUCAUCCUGGACUGGUACGUACUGACAUGACACAUGGAGUUGGCUUCUUUAGUACAGAUGAAGCAGCUGAGACUCCUAUUUAUCUCGCUCUUGAUGCCCCUGAAUCUCUAAAAGGAGCCUUUGUGUGGUUUGACAGAAAAGUGGUAGAUUGGUACGAUUCUAAAGCUGAUUAUUACUUCAAAACUGAGAGCGCGAGUUCAUAAUUUAUGGUGUUUUAUCGUAUUACAUAUUUUAAUACAAAUCUUUGUUUUAUUUGU